CGCGCUCCAUCUAGUGGCGGUGAUGCAGUUCUCUGGUUUCCGGAGCGUCGUCGAAACAAUGUCGCAGCUGCAGGAUGGGGAUAGAGCAGCGUUUGCUAAAGCUUUUUACGACACGUUGUCUGAAGAGCGACACGAUAAGGCCGCGCAUAUGGGCCUUGGAUCGGAGGUCAGAUUCAAGAAUACUGCGCGAGCUAUGUGCUCAGCUCAACACGCGCGGAGGGCCACGCUGUGCACAUCAUCUUGCGCCCAACAUCUCACCGACAUCCCCUGCGCCUACCUGCUACCCGCCUCGAGCAUCCUCGUUCAACGAAGUAAAUCUGCUUCUAUUUACCUUUAUGCCCCGGCGCAUUCUCGCGUGUGUCCGAUAUUUUCCGAUGAGCGGGACUACCGCGUUUCUCGCCGUUCCGGUGCCCGACUUCAGCUCUCGACUCGCAUGCUGUUCACAGGCUAGCUCGCACUCGGCGCACAUCCUUAUACUGACUUCACUGAAUCUCAGUUUACUCGCACAUCGCAUCGCUCCCGUGGUAAAGUCUUGCUCAACUCCAGCACUGGAGCAAGCUGUUUCUCAGCUAUCCUUCACUGUCAAAUUGUUCACAAUGCCUCUCGGUCCUCAAUCCUCAAUGCAAGGCCGCAAAAGGCGUAGCCGA